GAGCCGCCCUUCGCUGCCUAGUGGCGAGAGCGCGCGGGUGAGGGCCGGAGGGCCGCCUCAUGGGCCCGCAGCGGCAACCCCGAGCGCCGCCAUGACGGCCGCCAUCGCCCAGGCUAGCCGGAGACCUUCCCCCGCCCGCUCAGCGCGCCUGCGCGGCUCUUCCCCUCCGGAGGGACUGCGCAAGCGUGGGGCGGCGCCGGGGAGGUGGGCGGCCAGGGGCACCUGGGCCCGCGGGGCUAGUGCGCAAGCGCAAAGAGCACGCGGCGGCGCUUUCCGAAAGGGGCCGUUGCUCUCUCUCGCGCGCGCUGACGUCACUCGCCACACGUAAAACGGCGCAAGCGGCGUAGCGCCAUCUGUCGGCCCGCACGCGCCGUGGUAGAAAUUUUACUUCUAUUCUCAGGCUAGAUAUAUCUCGACAGUUCUCUACGUCGUUGCUAUUUCCCCCCCUUUUUUUCUUUGUAGCGAGCAUGCGCACAGCACGUCGUGCGCCACACCACGCGGACGCCGCGCAUGCGUACGGUCCGGCAGCCGGCGCACGCGCGCUGACGCAGCUGCUGUGCCCUCCUUUACCGGUUGUCCCCUUUUCACCACCAAUUUUCCCGCCUAAGCCAGCGACGGAAGGGGAGCAUGCGCAGAAAUGCUGGCAGGACGGGGUCGAAGGUGCUGUGACAGUUGGUACAGGUGGUCAAUGGAUGAGGUGCAGCUGUGGAAGGGUGAGGCUACGCGCGUGCGCCUUGAGGGAGAGAAGGGUGUUAAAUGGGGGAGGGGGAUAAAUGGGGAAAGGCGGGAAAUUAUGAGGUGAAACGCGCACACAGAUUUAAUUUAUAGGUGUUUUUUUUAAAAAAAUAAUGCUUGUGUGUAUUUGCCUGUAACUACAUAUGUAUAAAACCAUGUUCAUUAAUUCGCUGUUUUAAAAAUAUUAUAUAUUUUUAGUUUUAUUUAUUAUUAAUCUGUUCCUAUGAAACAUCCUGAAGGUGUUUUUAAUAUAGCAGUACCUUGAUCUAUUAAUAUUACUAGUUUCAAUAUUUAGCCUCUAUGUGGCACAGCACAAUCUGACGCAUCUUUACUCAGAAGUAGGUGCCACUGAACUCAGUAAGGGAGGCAUAGAUGUUUUGGGACUACAACUCCCAUCAUCCCUGACCACUGGUCCUGUUAGCUAGGGAUCAUGGGAGUUGUAGCCUCAAAACAUUUGAAGGGCCGAGUUUGCCUAUGCCUGCAGCAGGGCAUUCCCCAUUGUAGGUAUCUUUAGGAUUGCAGCCUUAAUAUUUGCAUGGUAUACACCAUGCCUUUCAAGCAUAUGGCUUUCCCCAACAAAUCAUGGAAACUAGUUCUGCACCCCCACAGAGCAAUAAUUUCCAGCAUUAUUAACAUACUAUAGUCCCUAGUAUUCUUUUGGAGAAGCUGUUCUUUACAUGUAUGGUUGUGUAUGCAGCCUUCGAUAAUAGGCUACAAUAUUUGAAUACUUUUUAACUUUGGUAGACUUAUGGCAAGGCUACUCUUGUGCUGCGCAUCCUUGAUUUCAGUGGGAGUUAAUGCACGAGCGAGUGUACAUUGAAUUGCAGCCUAGCAGUGCACUUCCAAACAUGGCUACUCAAAUGUCAGUCCUACUGAGUUUAAUGGGGCUUCCUCCCAGGGACGUGAACAUAGGAUUACAGUCUUAACAGCUGGACAUGAUUUCUUUGUAGGAUUGAGGCUAAACUAGAGGAGAAUGUCUAUCAUCACAAUACAACUUGGUCAGUGCGGCAACCAGAUUGGUCGUGAGGUGUUUGAUACCAUCUGCACAGACUUCCGCAGUACACAUGGCUUGUGCUCCAAAAAGGAAAAUGAGUCCUUCCAGGCAGCCUGCAAAGAGCGGUUCUUCAGCGAGGAGAAACCCAGUGGUAUGACACAUACAUACAACAUACAUACAUACGUAACUUUAUUUGUAUGUUCAAACAAUGUUCAAGGCAGCUUACAGCAUGAAAAUAAUACAUAACCACAACAUAGCAGAAAUAGUCAUAAACAAUAAAACAAAACAUUAAAAAAUACACAACCAAACUGAACAGUUUCCACAUAAAUGUCCAAGUAUCUAAAAUAAAGAUACAAAAAUCAACAGCAACAACUUUCCACACCAGCAAAAAGCCAUAGCCCAAGAGUCUGUUCAGCAACCUCAGCUUUUUUUGUAGCUGGAGUCAGUCCGGGCCCCACCCUCCCAGGCCAGGUGGAAAAGGCCUUCAAGGCAGGGAGCAGGUCUUCCAGGACUCUCAGCCAAGACUGUCUGACACCGAGAAUAUGCAAAUCCUUCUCGCCUCACACCAAUCAAGAGGGCAAAUCAACAACCAGAAAUGCACCCACUUUGGGUGUGUGGAAUUCUGCAUAUGAUUGGAUAUUGUAAUAUCUCAGGGUGUUGCUCCAGGUGAAAGGUUGCACCCUUGUUGCCAUUCCACACUUAAAACAAAAAACGAAGAAGCCUGGAAAAGCAAUUUUGGUAAAGGGUGGACCAACAGGGGCAAAAGCUAGCCUCUGUACUACAGUGGUACCUCUGGUUGUGCACAGGAUCCACAACCGGAGGUGCCUGGUCUGCGUGGUGCGGUAGAGCGCUUCUGCACAUGCGGCAAAACCCGGAAAAAUACUUCCAGGUUUGCCGCGUGCGUAACCCGAAGGAUACGCAACCAGAGGUGUGCGUAUCCAGAGCUACCACUGUAUUGCAAAAAUGAAUAACAUUGGGAAGGGCCAUAGCUUUAUAGCAGAGCAACAGCUUCGAUUGUGCAAAGAGUCAGGUUGAAUCCCUGGCUUCUUCUGGCAGGGAGAGACCCUAGCCUGAAAGCCUAGAGAACUGUUGCCAGUAAGUGUAGACAAUACUGAACAAGAUGGACCAGCAGUCUGAUUUGAUAAAAGGCAGCUUCCUGUGUUCUUUUUUUUAAGUCACAAAUUAGCACCUGGGGAAUUGUGCUGCUUGUCCUUGGCAUCGCCGAAGUUGUCCAGUAGGUGUCAGUGGCAUUCACACAGCCGCCUUCCAUCAAUAACAAUGGGUACAUUAUUUGGGUGCCACCUUGAUGGAUCCCAAGUCUACAUCAUUUGACUUUUAUUUUAUUCCUUAUUAGUGCUGGCUGCCCGGGCUGUCCUGGUUGACAUGGAACCUAAAGUGAUUGGUCAGACUUUAUCAACGGCUUCAAGGUCUGGUACCUGGAACUAUGACCAUCGGUCCCACUUUUGUCAAAAGCAAGGGUCGGGAAACAACUGGGCAAAUGGGUAUGUUUGGUUUUAUCAGUGGUGCCAAAGAAAUGUAUCUCUGGAUUGCUAACAUUUAUAAUCCAGCUACAAAACGCUCCAAGCUCCUUUUUGUUCUCUUCCCCACCCCAAUUUGUGCCACAGCUACUGCGUUCAUGGGCCCAAGCACAAAGAAACAAUCAUGAACUUGGUACAGAAGGAAGCUGAGAAAUGUGACCGGCUAAGUGGAUUCCUGACGGUUAUGAGCAUGGCGGGUGGGACAGGAUCGGGUCUGGGGACGUUUGUGACAGAAAGCCUGAAAGACACCUAUCCCACCUCAUUCCUGUUAAACCACGUUAUCUGGCCCUACAGAACUGGAGAGGUGAAUGCCGUAACUCUGUGAUGGUGGGGGUUGAACCUGGAUUUGAAGCAUGUGCUCUUUCAUAGGAAUAUCAGAUGCUGCCUUAUGCUGUGUCAUCUGUCUCAGUAUUGUGUGCAUUGACUGGCAGCAGCUCCCUAAGGUUUCAAAUAAGGGGCCUCUCCCAUUCCUUCCUGUAGAAUGGUGCUGGAGAUUGAACUUGCGACCAUCUUAAUGCAAAUCAAUUGCUCUACCAUUGAGCUAUAUAGAUGGAGAAACUGUUGAUGAAGAGGAAAGUAGGGUGUUGGCAUCCUAGGAGCACUAUUCACUGCAGUUUUCUGCAACCUCCUGUAUGCAUGUCAUGCGCUCUGCUUACCCUCCACAAAGCAGUGGUGGUUGGUGCCCAUUGGACUGGUAGGGCAAAAGGCAGAGAAGCCAACAGUAGAUGGAGCCAGAGCCAAUGCCAACUACAGUGGUACCUUGGUUCUCGAACAUAAUCUGUUCUGGAAGUCCGUUUGACUUUCAAAAUGUUUGAAAACCAAGGUGCAGCUUCCAAUUGAUGCAGGUGCCCCAGAAACAAUAGCCCACAGCCGCAUCGGAUGUUCGGCUUCUGAAAAGCAUUUAAAAACCGGAACACUUCUGGGUUUUCGGCAUUUGGGAGCUGAAAUGUUCGAGUACCAAAGCGUUCGAGAACCAAGUUUCCACUCUAGUUUUGACCUCACUGCUGAGCUCUACAAAGGCAAUAAUGAGACUAGGGAGGAGGAAGAUGGCAGCCAGUGCCACUUCCUGGGCUGGAGGCAAGUAAGAAGGCAAGCAGGUGGGAACUGGCUGAGUUCAGACUCAAGUUUGUGGGGCAGCACCCCAUUUGCCGUAAUAGACCAACCUCAGUUGCCCCACGGACAGCAAAUCCCCUCUGGUGAGAUCAUCUCCAUGUGGAAAACUGUAACAUCCACGCCCUGUUUUUCCCCUGCAUUUCCAGGUUAUUGUUCAAAACUACAACUCUGUCCUGACCCUCUCACACUUGUAUCAGUCUUCGGAUGCCCUCCUGGUUCAUGAGAACGAUGCCAUCCACAAGAUCUGUGCUCAGCUAAUGAACAUAAAGCAGAUAUCUUUUCAGGAUGUAAAUCGAGUCAUCGCCCAUCAGCUGGGGAGCGUCUUCCAGCCGGCUUACUCCUCUGAAAGCGCCGCUCACUACAGCAGAAGCCCCCUAGGUAUCUGGUGUUAACUGAAGUUCUAGAGCUGUGCUCCUGCUCUUGAGGUUUUCACUGGAUUGCAAAGUAGUCCAUAUAAGUUACUAGCCUACAAACAUUCUCAUUAGUCUGUCAAGUAUCCAUCCAAGUAUACAUGCUAAGAUAAAUGAAAAGGCCAUUUUGUAAACUCAUCAGACCAGAGACCUUAUCUUUUCAGAGAAAAACAAAGUAGAUGUUCAACAUGAGCAAAUGCAGUUCUCUCUCAGACACACGUUAAACCUUCAUUUCUGUCUUGUCUCCUCCUCAGGAGAUCUAAUGGAAGCUCUAGUCCCCCACCCUGAGUUCAAGAUGCUAGGUCUCCGGAACAUUCCUCAGAUGUCCGAAAACUCCCUUGCCUACAGCACCUUUGCGUGGCCUGGGCUUCUGAAGCACCUGAGGCAGAUGCUCAUUGCAAAUGCCAAAAUGGAGGAAGGUAAGAACUGCAGGUGAACUGCAGCUGAAGCAGGUUAAACAAUGUAUACCCAGAGUUGCAUAUGGGCAGGAGGUGGUCCUUAAGACCAGGUCUUGACUAAAAUUCAGUAGGGCUGCCAGGAAUUAAAUAGAAUUGGGGUUUUUUUUUGGGGGGGGGUUCUGGCCUAAAAUUGCCUUCCCUGCUAUAAACUGGAGUAGGAAAUCUCAGGACUGCAGGAUCGUACUCCUUUGCACAGGGCACAUUCCUCAUCAGCCCUGCUGUGUGCCGUCUGGCUGGACUCCCAAGUGUUGAGACAUUCCUGUUCACUUUUCUGUUUGCAGGGAUUGAUUGGCAAGUGAGGCCUCCAGUGCCUGGACUCCCUGCAUCAGAAAAACUCUCUCUAAACAGGACAGCUCGUUUUAACACCUCCAUCGCCAACCUGGUUACCUUGCGAGGAAAAGACGUACAAAGCACGGAUCUAGGUGAGAAAUAGUUGCAGGAUGGCUGCAAUAGAAGAUUCCUCUUUUAGGUAAUGACACUGGGGGGGAGUUUUACGAUAACCACAAAGAAUGUCCUAUCUCUUACACUUGCCUGAAUGCACAGUGUAUAGUGCAUCACUGCUCUUGAGCUUCUUGAAUGGGAUGGGACAGAAGUGGAAUAAGUUAGUGACUGAUUUUUUUUUUAACACCUUGUUGAUUAUUGUAGGAGGAUUCCAAGAGCCUGCCUUGUAUACUUCCUGGCUAAACGCUCAAGAUGCCUUGACCAUCUGGAAGACACCAAGAGCUUUUAAUAAAUACGAGAAGUCUGCUUCUUUGGUCAGCAACAGCCAGUUUUUGCUGAAGCCUGUGGACAGCGUAGUGGGGAAGGCCUGGAAAAUGUUUGCUUCAAAGUAAGUGGGAGAAGACAGGUUGUCAUCUCAGACUUUGCCGUGUGCACAGGGCAUGGAGUAAGUGGAAGUAAAUAAACUAAACCAGAGGGAGAGAUGGGAAGCAGGAGUACUUCCUCCUUCAGUUCUGUUUGAGAAAGGAACUUAUUUUGGUUCCUUCUCUCCCUGAACCGUUUCCAUCCCAACUGGUCAUUAUAAGAACUUGGAAAGUUCUUGUUUUUCUCUUCCCUCUCCUUCUCUUUUUUCCUUUUGUGUUAAGUUUUUUAGAUAGUAAGCUUAAAGUAAGUACUUUUUUAUUGAUUUGUAAUUACUUUUUAAGUGAUUCAUAUGCUUCUCUAGGUGUACAUUCGGCUGAAGAGUUUGGUAAAAAUGCUAUAGAUAAUUGAAAUCUGUGGAGCAAAGUUAGUCCUGACUAACUGAACUUCUGCUGCUUUCAGUGCAAUUUUGUCGCAGCUGAUUUAAGCUGAAUUGGUGCCCCUUGCUCACCAAAACCUCUUGUUCAUUCCACACACAGGGCUUACGUGCACCAGUACACAAAGUUUGGGAUUGAAGAGGAAGACUUUAUGGACUGUUUCACAACUCUGGAACAAGUCAUUGCUAGCUACACCAACCUCUGAUUUUCAAAUUCAUCCUUGGCCAGGAGGGGGCAGCAUUAGCUGUGCAGAUCUAAAAUCCUGGCAAGAGCCCUUAAAACUGGGAAAUCUUGUGAAGAAUUGAAUGUAGCAGGAGGACUCUUUACAUGCCGUCCCAGGCAAGUGCAUCACUCCAGCCAUCUUUCAAAGACGGGAGCUUUCCAUGCAAACAGUUGCUUCUGAGGGAGUUCUAGCAUUCAGUGGGGGAUGUAGAUUGAUAACGCACAUUCAUUUCAUCCCUUUACCAGCAUAAAGACUUUGUACAAUCUAAAUGGCAUGUGUUUUGUAUAUAAAGUAAUUUUAUUUUCUGAUGA